GUGAGGUGUGCGGGCAGCCGGCAGUGAGAGGCUUUGGCAGAUAUGGCUCCCAACGCACCUGCGACCGAACCCGAGUAUCCUAAAGGCAUCCGGGCCGUGCUACUGGGGCCACCCGGGGCUGGCAAGGGUACCCAGGCACCCAGAUUGGCUGAAAACUUCUGUGUCUGCCAUUUGGCUACUGGGGACAUGCUCAGAGCCAUGGUGGCUUCUGGCUCAGAGCUGGGAAAAAGGCUGAAAGCAACUAUGGAUGCUGGGAAACUGGUGAGCGAUGAAAUGGUAGUAGAGCUCAUUGAGAAGAAUUUGGAGACCCCUUCAUGCAAAAAUGGUUUUCUUCUAGAUGGCUUCCCUCGGACUGUGAGGCAGGCAGAAAUGCUUGAUGACCUCAUGGAGAAGAGGAAAGAGAAGCUUGAUUCUGUGAUUGAAUUCAGCAUCUCAGACUCUCUGCUGAUCCGGAGAAUCACAGGAAGGCUGAUUCACCCCACCAGUGGCCGUUCCUACCAUGAGGAAUUCAAUCCCCCAAAAGAGCCCAUGAAAGAUGACAUCACUGGGGAACCAUUGGUCCGUCGAUCAGAUGAUAAUGAAAAGGCUUUGAAAAUCCGCCUGGAGGCUUACCAUACUCAGACUGCGCCACUCGUGGAGUACUACAGGAAACGGGGGAUCCACUCUGCUAUUGAUGCAUCCCAGACCCCUGAUGUCGUGUUUGCGAGCAUUCUAGCAGCAUUCUCCAAAGCUACAUCCUAGUAACAGAAGGCCAGGCGAGACUGCACCACUGUUCAUCUCCCCACGGCGUGAUCCCUGCUGUUAGGUGCUGGGCAGAGGGGAAGGGGGUCAGGGUAAGGAUGGAGAGGGAGGGGUGGUGAGGGGCACAAGAGGAGUAUUUGGAAGAGCAGCAGUGUUGUAGUGAGGUGGUUUCUUUCAAACAUAGGUGGGAGUUUUAGAAGUAUCAGUAAAGAGGAAAAUUAAUUAAAAGAAGAAAACACUGUGAUUGGAGGGUAUGGGUAGAAAUAGAGAGAUACAGUAUUAUUUCUAAGGAAUCCAGUUUUCAUUUAUUCUGGACUGGUGACAAUAUUUUUUAAAGCCAAUGCCCGAAGACCUCAGCUUUUAUCUCAGAACCUCAUGAGUUGCAAGGCCAAGAAUGCGGGAAAUCAAACUGUUGUCCUGUGUGUCCUAUAGCUUGGAUUAAGGAGGGUUUGAUUACUCACACUGGUUCCCCACAUCAUGAGAUAAAAAAAAUCAUCUUCACAUUUGAAAGAUAUAUGGGGUAUAUUCAUGGGGGUGGUGGCUCAGCAAAUAAAGUUUGCUGGAAUCCUAGUGAAGGGAGGGAAGCUGGUCUCACUCCCUUCCCCUUACUUACCACUGGUUUACCAAUCCACCUGCUGUCAUGGGUAAGCUCUCAGCAGCUUCCCAGCGCGUGCCACAGCCCUAUAUUCUUGCCUUCUUUCAUCCAUGGUGUGUGAAGGGACCCUUUUAAAUAAAUGAGCAAGUGUCCUAAGCUACAUAAUCGAAAGAUUGUCCUUUCCAUCUUCAAAUCCUGUGACUAGGAUCACUUGAUAGCACUGUGAUAUAUUAUUUUCAAGGAGGUGCCUUUCUUAACUGACCAAAUGCUGCCUUGUUUGGACCACAAAUCAAUAAAGUAUGUUAAAAAUUUGUA